ACGUUUGGUCACCCUAGAUUGUCAUCACUACACCGAGUCAUUUCAUUUGGCGGACUAUUUUGUAAGGCGGAUGUGUCCGCUCUGGCUGAGGUGUUUCCGGUAUUCAGAAAUGUUUCUGUAAAGGAGCGCGGUCCCUGAACAAACAGGGGUUGUGGUGGGCGCCUCGUCCGGAGUACUGUCUAACGUUAUCCACUAAAUAUCCUAAAGAUUGUUGCGCGAAACGGCGCCCGUUUGAUUGCUUUCUUCUCUCUGCUCGACGAUUUACAAGCUUGGAGUGUCGGUGUGGCUCCGCCGGCCGUUAAAGAUCUCGCAAACAGCAAACCAUUAGCUUAAGUAGCGAGCUAUCAUUAGCUGCCAUGUCGGGUGUUGUGCGAGGCCCCGCUGGGAACAACGACUGCCGGAUAUAUGUGGGAAAUCUUCCUCCUGAUAUUCGCACAAAAGACGUGGAAGACGUGUUCUACAAAUACGGGACAAUUCGAGAUAUCGAUCUGAAGAACCGGAGAGGGGGGCCGCCGUUCGCCUUCAUUGAAUUCGAGGACCCCAGGGACGCAGAUGAUGCGGUCUAUGGGCGGGAUGGUUAUGAUUAUGACGGCUACAGGCUGCGUGUGGAGUUUCCUCGGAGCGGUAGGGGCUCGAGAGGCGGGUUCGGUGGGAUCGGUGGAGCUCCCAGGGGCAGAUAUGGGCCCCCAUCCAGACGCUCCGAGUACAGGGUCAUUGUGUCGGGACUCCCUCAGAGCGGCAGCUGGCAGGACCUGAAGGACCACAUGCGUGAAGCAGGCGACGUUUGCUACGCUGACGUUUUCAGAGACGGAACCGGAGUUGUAGAAUUUGUGCGCAAAGAAGACAUGACCUAUGCCGUCCGAAAGCUGGACAACACCAAAUUCCGCUCGCAUGAGGGAGAGACUGCUUACAUUCGUGUGAAAUUAGACGGUCCCCGCAGCCCAAGUUAUGGAAGAUCACGCUCCCGCAGCCGUGGCAGUCGGAGCAGGAGCCGCAGUCGCAGCGCCAGCCGCAGUCGAAGCAAUUCCCGGGGCCGUGGCAGAGGAUCGCCCCGCUACUCGCCUCGUCACAGCCGCUCUCGAUCCCGUUCUUAAACCUUUCUACCACCGAUGUGUUGCCCUUUUGAUGUAUACCCUCCUGUUUUUACCUCUUAUGAGUUUCUCCUAAUGUCAGCAAUUGAUUUUUAAUUUUUGCAUUUCAUGUCCCGAUGUCCUUGUGGGUGAUCAUGGUAUGUAGAUGUACCCCCCUCCUCCUCUUUCGCCCUUUAACCCCCCCCACCCUCUCCAGCUGUUUUGUCAUUUUAUUUUCUCCCUCUCUCUCUCCCUUUCUUUCUGUCCUCUGAAUUUUUGCAACAUUAGGAAUUGUGCUGUGUUGAACUUCAAAAAUUUUGAGUUGUCAUAAAUGCACUCAAUGUUUUUGCAAGUAUUGAAAAUUUGAGUUUUAUUUUUGUUUAUUUAAAAAAAAAAAACACAGCUUUUCUUAUUGGAUAUUUGUGGGGUGGGCUGUUUGGAUGGGGAGCCCAAUGCUUAACUGUAUUUUACCCUUGUGUCUUCCUUUAGACAUCUGAAGAGAAGGAUUAAAGUGAUUUGGAAUAAAACCAUUGUGGAGCACAUUUCAUUUGUAUGGUCAGGAUAGGACAUCUAAUUGAGGAGCAAUCAGGUCGAGGCAAUGGUUUUGAUUGGAGGAGUGGCUCAGUGGAUCCCAAUCCUUGGAGCUGGAUGAGUGGAUCGAUUAGGGAAGGGAUAGGCAAGGAUGGAUGCUCGGAACGGGAUCAGUUUUCCAGGAUUCAAAUGAGCGUUUGAUUUCAGAACUAAUUAACGGGAGUCCCAGAGCAACGUUCUUUUUUUCUAUUAGGCCCCCUAAUGCCUAUUUAAAGUUUUUCAGUGGUAAUGGCUUUAUUUUACAAGAAAACGAAACUGAGGACCAGGAAGUUGGAUCAAAGGAUGGAGUCGUAGAUGCCUGGUAUGAAGGAAUAAAAAAUUUGGGAGGUUGGGAGGGGGUUUUGUGUGGGAGUAGUUUGUAUGUUUUACUUUGCUUAAUCUUGCUUUUUCUCUUAGCAUUUUCAAUAAAACCCUUUCAAACAAG